CAACUGUCGCUAGAGGGAGGUGUGGUACAGAGCGACGAGAGUAGGCAGCCUGCGGGGGAGCCGCCGAGGCGACGGCGGCCGGAGAAAGAGCGAGCAGGAAGGAGAAGCCGCAGCUGCAGCCGCUUCUCCAGCUCGCGGUUUCCCUGCGUGGUUGGAUCUAGCGCAGACCCCUUCCGAGGCACUUCCAUCAACGCAGCUGCCGUGGGAGGGUUGACUUGUAUGAAGGGCAGGGAGGGCACACGAGGCUGCCUGGUAAGAGACGAGUCAGCCGUCCUGCCUCCUGGUUUUUUUCUCCUUGUUCCCUCCACCUCCUCAAAUAUAUUUGAUUAUUAAAUCUGUCGAGGCUGCUGCCGCCGCCCCCACCCCUUCUACUUGCUCUGUUUCUCCCGUCUGCUGGUUUCGUGGUAUCCCUUUUGAAUGGCACCUUUUCUAUAGGCAGCUCACUCGGGCUUUUGAAAAGGAGAGAAGGUGGACAAGAAGGAAGGUCGAAGCAGCAGCAGCACCGCGCCUCGGCGUUCCCACCAGCUCCAAAUCCUCAUAAACAAACAAGGCAGCCGGGAAGUCAGAAGAAGCUGCUGCCAAGAAGGAGCCUGACGGAGAGACUCGCCCGGAGGAGGAGGUGCGCGUUUGCCCUCCCAUCUCUCGCCCUGUCCGCCCCCCUGCUGAACCUACCUUUCCUCCUUCCCUUCCUCGGAGGCGCCAGCAGGAGCAAGCCGUGCUGAUGAUGGCUUCAACCACAACCUGCACCAGGUUCACCGACGAAUAUCAGCUCUUCGAGGAGCUGGGCAAAGGGGCUUUUUCUGUGGUGAGAAGAUGUAUGAAAAUCACUACAGGACAAGAAUAUGCUGCCAAAAUUAUCAACACUAAGAAGCUAUCAGCAAGGGAUCACCAGAAAUUGGAAAGAGAAGCUAGAAUCUGUCGCCUUUUGAAGCACGCUAAUAUUGUGCGACUUCAUGACAGCAUAUCAGAAGAAGGAUUUCAUUACUUAGUGUUUGAUUUAGUCACUGGAGGUGAACUGUUUGAGGAUAUUGUUGCAAGAGAAUAUUACAGUGAAGCAGAUGCAAGUCAUUGUAUACAGCAGAUUCUAGAAAGUGUUAAUCAUUGUCACCUAAAUGGCAUAGUUCACAGAGACCUGAAGCCUGAGAACUUACUUCUAGCUAGCAAGUCAAAGGGAGCAGCUGUAAAACUUGCAGAUUUUGGAUUGGCUAUUGAAGUGCAAAGUGAACAACAAGCUUGGUUUGGUUUUGCUGGUACACCAGGAUAUCUUUCCCCAGAGGUGCUACGAAAAGAUCCCUAUGGAAAGCCUGUAGACAUGUGGGCAUGUGGUGUUAUCCUGUACAUUCUCUUGGUGGGAUACCCUCCUUUUUGGGAUGAAGAUCAACACAGACUCUACCAACAGAUCAAGGCUGGUGCUUAUGAUUUUCCUUCACCAGAAUGGGACACGGUGACUCCAGAGGCCAAAGACCUCAUCAACAAAAUGCUCACAAUCAAUCCUGCCAAACGUAUCAUUGCAUCAGAGGCUCUCAAACACCCCUGGAUCUGUCAACGUUCCACUGUUGCUUCUAUGAUGCACAGGCAGGAGACUGUAGACUGCCUGAAGAAAUUCAAUGCAAGAAGGAAACUUAAGGGUGCCAUUUUGACAACUAUGCUGGCUACAAGAAAUUUCUCAGCAGCCAAGAGUUUACUGAAGAAACCUGAUGGAGUGAAGAAAAGGAAGUCAAGUUCGAGUGUUCAGAUGAUGAUAAACAACAAAACCAACGUGGUAACCAGCCCCAAAGAAAAUAUUCCUACCCCAGCGCUGGAGCCCCAAACUACCGUAAUCCACAACCCAGAUGGAAAUAAGGAAUCAACAGAGAGUACCAACACUACCAUUGAAGAUGAGGAUGUGAAAGCUCGUAAGCAGGAGAUUAUCAAAGUUACUGAGCAGCUGAUUGAAGCUAUCAAUAAUGGGGAUUUCGAAGCCUACACGAAGAUCUGUGAUCCAGGCCUUACCUCAUUUGAACCUGAAGCUUUGGGAAAUCUUGUAGAGGGAAUGGACUUCCACCGGUUUUAUUUUGAGAAUGCUUUGUCUAAAAGCAGCAAGCCAGUCCACACCAUUAUUCUGAAUCCUCAUGUCCACCUUGUUGGGGAUGAUGCUGCCUGCAUUGCCUACAUACGGCUGACUCAGUACAUGGAUGGAAGUGGAAUGCCAAAGACUAUGCAGUCAGAAGAGACGCGGGUCUGGCACCGCCGUGAUGGAAAAUGGCAGAAUGUUCACUUUCACCGUUCAGGAUCACCAACAGUACCUAUCAACUAAAUGUCAGUGGUGCCACAUUGUGUCCUCCGCACUCUGCACUUGGUUGGCAACCAACUUGGCCACUCCAUUGCCCUCUUCAUGCAUGUUCUUUGAGUGCAUGAAGCUGUGAAGUUUCUACAUGUGAUAACAUUUACGAUGCAUCAUUUUGUUGUAUAUUCCACUGAUACCUUUUGUUUGCACUUCAUUGAAGGGGAUGGAUAUUCCAUGCAAAUGGAAAAUGGAAAAACAAGACAGGACAGGGAACUGAAAUGUGAGAGUAUAUAUAAAGUAUACUUCUCAUGCCAAAAUAUGAGUAACAUCUUCAUGUGCCGCCUACAGAAAUGAAGGUUAAAAACAACAACACUUAACCUUAUUUUAAUUUUUGCAAUUUUUGUUUCCUGGCUCAUUCGUUCUUAAAAUCUAUUGUGUGUUACUUUGGUCAUAGUAGAAAUAAGGAAAUUCCUACUAACAACAACAUUGUUACUGUAGGACACAUGGCUAGAAAUCCUGGCUUUAGACCAAAGCAUUUCUGUAGGCUUGGGUCAUGGGGAGUCAUCUUUGCUAUGAGUCACUGUAUGUAAACUGGAAAUAAAAUGGCAUAAUUUCCUGACUUGACCUCACCAGAAGUUUCUGUCACUGUUCUCGUCUGGUCAACAAGACUUUUUUUAAAAUAAUUAUUUCUUUAGCUUUGUAGUUCUAACUGCAGGGAAGAAAAAAUAUUUUGAAGUAAUACUUCUUCAAAGCAGUGAAUAGAUAGAUACGAGAUGGGUUUUGGUGAUUAAAAGGGUAAACUGAAAAUUUUUUUAAUCGUUUUAUGGGUGUACAGUACAUUUAUUAAAGCAAGUUGUAGAGGAUUUUUUAAACUGAUGCUCUAGUCAAGAUGCUCUAGGACAAUUAGGCCUUAAAAGCUUAGUAUCAGGAGUUUACUUGUCUUAAUUUUCUUUGUAGCAAUUUGUUAUUUGGAAAAAAACUAACAGGAAAACAUCUGUUUUCUAAUAAUACUGUCAUACUUUUGCCAUAAUUUAUCCAUUUUCUCAUGGCUUAUCAACGUCCUUGAACAGUGUGUAAUAAAAUAAUUAUUGCAGCUUUAUUAACUUGCCCCUCUUGCUACAUAUAUACAUGCAAAGUGAGCAGGAAAUAAAUUCAGUGUCCGUUUAGAAGAGAUUGCUCAAUUGCUCAUUGAUUGAUUCUGUUGUGUAAAUGUGAAAUUUAUAUGUUUUCCCUUUUAAAUAUUUUUGUUCUCUCUUUGGUUAACUGUGGGGCUACCAAUUUUCUGUAAUACUGUAUAGUGCAUGAUACUUUGAUCAGUGUUCUUUUUAGUAAUUGUAAUUUACAACUUGCAGCAGGUUGAAAUUUUUAAGGAGACAGAAAUGGUCCCAAUUUGUAUAUCGUUCACCUUUCUGCAUUGUUGGCUGGUGGCUCCAUGUCAGUGGGGCAGUGGAAUCCACCCUGGGCCACCAGCCACCACUGCCUCUCUGUAUUGAUCAGUAAUCAAAAGUGGAUCUGACCUUAUUCCUUACACCUUGAUGUUGUUCCUGGUAAACAUAUACGUUAGAGAAAUUUAAUCUUCUCUGUUGAUUAUUAUUAUACAACCCACAGAAAUGUUUAUAACAAGUAAGCAUCUACAGUUAAUGUCUUGAGCCAUAUUAACCAGCCAAUGGGAUCUGUGCAAAGGCAGUGGCCUCAUGCAUUAUUUUUUUUUAAAUUAAUCAAUUCCUUCUUUUGUGAAGCAGCUUUAGGUGGUAUAAGUGUAUUUACAUUUAACAAAAUUAGGUGUAGCAACUUCUUUUUUUUUCUUUCAUUUUUUUUUACACUUUUUAACCAUAGCAUGUGGUGUUGCCAUAUUACUUCGGGUCAAGUCUGUCUUCCACACUGAGAUGUGAGAAAAAUCAUGUGAGUUAGUUCUCUGCACUCCAACUGAAUUAUACACCUAAUCCUUUGUCAUUUUCAAAACACUGCAUUUUACCAUGGGAUACCGUGUAUAUAUAUAUAUUUCUUGCCAUAAUGGUAAAGAACUGACUGAUAUAUUUAAGAAUUAAUAAAUUUGUGAUUUCUGCUGA